GACGGGUGCGCGCCGCGGCUUGGGGGAGAGUUAAGCGCUUUUCCCCCCUUUUUUUUUUUUUUUUCUCCUCUUCUUCUUAAACAAACCACAAACGGAUGUGAGGGAAGGAAGGUGUUUCUUUUACUCCUGAGCCCAGACACCUCUCUCUGUUCCGUCUAAGCUUGUUUUGCUGAACACUUUUUUUAAAAGGAAAAGAAAAGGAGUUGCUUGAUGUGAGAGUGAAAUGGACGUAAGAUUUUAUCCACCUCCAGCCCAGCCCGCUGCUGCGCCCGACGCUCCCUGUUUGGGACCUUCUCCCUGCCUGGACCCCUACUAUUGCAACAAGUUUGACGGUGAGAACAUGUAUAUGAGCAUGACAGAGCCGAGCCAGGACUAUGUGCCAGCCAGCCAGUCCUAUCCUGGUCCAAGCCUGGAAAGUGAAGACUUUAACAUUCCGCCAAUCACACCUCCUUCCCUCCCCGACCACUCGCUGGUGCACCUGAAUGACGUGGAAUCCAGUUACCAUUCCCUGUGUCACCCAAUGAACCAUAAUGGCCUGCUACCAUUUCACCCACAAAACAUGGAGCUCCCUGAAAUCACCGUCUCCAACAUGCUGGGCCAGGAUGCAGGGCUGCUUUCUAACUCCAUUUCUGUGAUGCCAGAUAUACGGAAUCCAGAAGGAGCUCAGUACAGCUCCCACCCUCAUAUGGCAGCCAUGAGGCCCAGGGGUCAGCCUGCAGACAUCAGGCCACAGCCAGGAAUGAUGCCACAUGGCCAGCUGACCACCAUCAACCAGUCACAGCUAAGUGCUCAGCUUGGUUUGAACAUGGGAGGAAGCAACGUUCCCCACAACUCGCCAUCUCCACCUGGAAGCAAGUCUGCAACUCCCUCACCAUCCAGUUCAGUGCAUGAAGAUGAAGGCGAUGAGACCUCAAAGAUUAAUGGUGGAGAGAAGCGGCCUGCCUCUGAUAUGGGGAAAAAGCCAAAAACUCCCAAAAAAAAGAAGAAGAAGGACCCUAAUGAGCCUCAAAAACCUGUGUCUGCCUACGCGUUAUUCUUUCGUGAUACCCAGGCUGCCAUCAAGGGCCAAAAUCCAAAUGCUACUUUUGGUGAAGUCUCUAAAAUUGUGGCUUCAAUGUGGGACGGUUUAGGAGAAGAGCAAAAACAGGUCUAUAAAAAGAAAACUGAGGCUGCAAAGAAGGAGUACCUGAAGCAACUAGCGGCCUACAGAGCUAGUCUCGUAUCCAAGAGCUACAGUGAACCUGUUGACGUGAAGACGUCUCAGCCUCCUCAACUGAUCAGUUCAAAGCCGUCCGUGUUCCAUGGGCCCAGCCAGGCCCACUCGGCUCUGUACCUAAGUUCCCACUAUCAUCAACAGCCAGGAGUGAAUCCUCACCUCACUGCCAUGCAUCCCAGCCUCCCCAGGAACAUCGCCCCCAAGCCGAAUAACCAAAUGCCAGUGACUGUGUCCAUAGCGAACAUGGCCGUGUCCCCCCCACCCCCACUCCAGAUCAGCCCGCCUCUUCACCAGCAUCUCAACCUGCAGCAGCACCAAACUCUGGCCAUGCAGCAGCCCCUUGGGAACCAGCUCCCCAUGCAGGUCCAGGCUGCCUUACACUCUCCCACCAUGCAGCAAGGAUUUACUCUUCAACCCGACUAUCAGACUAUUAUCAAUCCUACAUCUACAGCUGCACAAGUUGUCACCCAAGCAAUGGAGUAUGUGCGUUCGGGGUGCAGAAAUCCUCCCCCUCAGCCGGUGGACUGGAAUAAUGACUACUGCAGUAGUGGGGGCGUGCAGAGGGACAAAGCACUGUACCUUACCUGAGAAUCUGAACACCUUUCUUUCCACUGAGGAAUUCAGGGAAGUCUUUUCAUCAUGGAUUGCUUUGUACAGUCAAGGCAGUUCUUCAUUUUAUUAGAAAAAAUACAAGUUGCUAAGCACUUAGGACCAUUUGAGCUUGUGGGUCACCCACUCUGGGAGAAAUAGUCAUGCUUCUUUAUUAUUUUUUUAACCCUUUAUGGACAUUGUUUUUCUUCUUCCCUGAAGGAAAUCUGGACCAUUCAGAUUUUAUGUUGGUUUUUGCUGUGAAGUGCUGCGCUCUAGUAACUGCCUUAGCAACGGUAGCUGUCUCCGAUUACAGUCCUGGAUUUUCCAUUGGUUUUCAUAAUGGGUGUUUAUAUGAAACUACUAAAGACUUUUUAAAUGGCUUGAUGUAGCAGUCAUAGCAAGUUUGUAAAUAGCAUCUAUGUUACACUCUCCUAGAGUAUAAAAUGUGAAUGUUUUUGUAGCUAAAUUGUAAUUUGAAACUGGCUCAUUCCAGUUUAUUGAUUUCACAAUAGGGGAUAAAUUGGCAAACAUUCAUAUUUUUACUUCAUUUUUAAAACAAUAAAUAGUUCUAUAUUUUCAAAAUAUUCGAAAUUAAAAAUUAUUCCCAAUGAUUUUAAUUUAAAAGCAAAUUGGCUUUGUCUCAUUAAUCAGACAAAAAUAAAUAAAUAAACCUAGUGUUAAGGGAAGCGCAAACACAUUUAUUUUGUACCGCUUUUUUUGUAUCACUUUUUGUGUAAUGGCUAGUAAAAUGUCAUUUAAGUCCUUUCAUGUAUAAAAUUGCCAAAAGCUUACCUGGUAUUUUAUUAGAUGCAGAAACCGAUUGGAAACAGCUAAAUUAUAACCUCUCUAUAUGGCCGUGUAUCAUUGUUUCUUCAUACUGUGUCUGUAUUUAAUCUUUUUUUAUGGAACCUGUUGCGCCUAUUUAUGAAAUAAUAAAUAUAGGUGUUUGUAAGUAAAUUUGUUAGUAUUUGAAAGAGGUUUCUUUGAUGUUUUAACUUUUGCUGGCAAAAAAAAAAAUUCACGCUUGGUGUGAAUACUUUAUUAUUUAGUUUUUACAGUGACAUGAAUAAAGCCAAACCUGCCUUUCAUUUAGCAGCAAAUUAAAGUCACCAAUCUUUAUUUCUGCAUUUCUUUGGUUAAUACAAACAAAAAACUUUUAUAUUUAAGAACUCUCUUUCUUUGUCUGAUAUAAUGGAAUUGCCCCAAAGUCACACCAGCUCUAAGACCACACAAACUCAUGAGUCCUCUGUCUCAAAGAGGGGGUUUCUUGCUUCUCAGUUGGUUCUAGUCAAUUCUAAAACCUCCCUCCCCCGCCACC